AUGAUAGUAAUUAUAUUCACUAUUAUCUAAAUAAUAUGGUGUAAUUUUGAUGAAAGAAUGAGAUGGGGAACUUAUAAACCACAAUUACUUCAUGCAGUAACAUAAAGAAAUAUGAAAACAUUUAAUCCUAUAACAGGUGCUCUUAUGUAUGCAGAUCAUAUAGGAACAGAUGAUCGAUCAUUAAUUUAUAAGAUUCCUGAUUUAAAUACUGAGUAAAUUAAGAUUAAUCCAAUCCAUCAUAAUGGAAAAGACUUUAAUAUUUAAUAGAUUAGUGAUCCAAAUACAAAAUCAAUAAUUUAAACAACAUUUAUUAAAUUUCCAAUUGAAUCUAAAGUUAACUUUGUUGAUGAAAUUUAAACAUUAGCAAUUGAAAAACCAUUAUCAUUAUUUUAUGUUUUAACAAUUGAAUAAUUUAAUCAAUUUAAUUUAGAAACAAGAACUUUUUAAGUAAAUGUAACAAAUUAAGGAAUUAGAGUUAGUACUUUAAAUGAAGAUGAAACAAGAAUGGAACAUUUCUUUAUCACAAUAUUUGUGAAUAAUAAAAAAUAUUAAUAUAAUUGUACAGAUGAAAAAUCAAAUCUUACAAUUAGAACAUUAUUUAAUGAUUAUAUAUAUAAUUAUGAUCCAAGACCAACAUUAAUGUAAGCAAUAUUUUCUAAUAGCACAAAUACUAAUAAUUCUAAUUUAGUUGCCAUUGAAUUUAGAGUAUAACCAGGAGAUAAUGUUAUAAUAUAAGUUACAUAAACUGAUAAAUACAUACCUGAAUAUGGAUUUGAUAAUUUAUAAUAAUUAAGUGAUAGUUUGGCUGUAGUGAAUAAGUUCAAUUUUAAAAAGGUUUUUGGAACUGAUAAUAAGUGUGCAUAUUCUAGUUUUAGUAAUUUAAUGGCAGGUUUAUUGUUUACUUAUGGAAAUCUUACAUGUGUAAUAAAUAAAGAUACUUGCACAUCAUUUAAACCUAUGUUAAGUCAUACUCCAUCAAGAUUUGGAUUUCCAAGACCAUUUUUAUGGGAUGAAGGUUUUCAUAAUAUGAUUGCUUGUAAAGUGAAUCCAGAUAUAUGUCUUCAAAGUUUAGAAGAUUGGAUUAAUACUAUGUCUAUAGAUGGUUGGAUACCAAGAGAAUAACCAAGAAGUGAAGAACUAAGAUCAUAUAUUCCGUGGCUAAAAGAAGAUCCUAGAGAAUCAAAUCCACCAACAUUUUUCUUUAAUUUUGAAUAUUUAAUUGAUAAUCAUCCUGAAUACAAAGAAAGAAUAGGAAAAAUUUAUUUAAAAUUAUUUUCUUGGUAUAAUAAUUGGUUUAGAACUCAAGCUAUUUUUGAUGAUAAAGGUAAAUUUACUGGAUUUUUAAAAUGGUGGGGUCCAGAAGAAGAUAGUAAUCUGGGAUCAGGUUUAGAUGAUUGGCCAAGAACUGAUGGUAGCAAGGUAUCAAAAUAUAAUAUAGAUGCUUAAAGUUGGGGAUACUUUUUUACAUAUUAAAUGAGUAAACUUGCUAAACUUUAUGAUUUAGGAAUAGUGAAUUAUCUUGAAUAAAGAAUGGAACUUAUUCUAAAUAAGAUGAAUGUAAUUAUUUUAAUAAUAAUUACUUAUUUAGACAAAUAUGUUGGAUCCAAAUGAUUUAAUUUAUAAGGAUAUCUUAUACUAUCCCAAUACUGAUGAUUAAGUAUUUUUUUCUCCUCACAGAGGAUAUGUUAAUCUUUUUCCUUUAGGCUUGGGUUUGAUAGAUAAAUUUAGAGUUGAUAUCAUAAAACAACAUCUAAACUUUAUGAGAGGAAAUACUAUGUGGACACCUUAUGGCAUUAGAUCAUUAGAAACUAACAGUACAGAAUUUAGAAAGAAAUCUAAUUAUUGGACUGGACCUAUUUGGAUUAAUAUUUAAUUCUUAGUAUUAAGAGCAUUAAAAUUAUAUUAUUGGGAAAUUGAUGGAGUAUAAUAAUUCUAUCACGAUUUAAGAUUUAAUAUGAUUGAAACAAUCUGUUCAUAAUUUGAAACUAGAGGAUAUUUUUAUGAACACUAUAAUCAGAACUUAGAUGGAUAGGGAUAGGGUAAUAGACCAUUUAACGGUUGGACUAGUUUGAUUACUCUAAUCAUAGCAGAAAAAUAUUGA